AAAAUGCCCUACAACAUGGGUUCGACUAUGCCAAGUGAAUACCCAAACCCGUCCCAUUGACAUCCUAGCCGCAUCAACCCUCCAAGUGGAAUACUUCUCAAGAUUUCGCAAAACCAAUGCAGAAGAUCGAAUUAAACGACCCGAUUCGAAGAAAUUAAGUCUGUGGAUCUCUCCGUACUUCUCAGUUUGCAGUUCAGUCAGAAAGAUAGGUUUUGGAAGAGGAAAAAAUGCAAUCCCUUCAAUGUAUAUUUACCCAACUCUCCAUUAAAACCAACAUCAGAACUCCAAACCUCAGGGUUUUAUCCGAUUUACUGAAACGUUUUUCAACUGAAAAUGGAAGCGGCAAUAACAACAAUGAUAAGAAAGAACCCGAUUGGGCGGCCCAUUUCGGUCGGUCGGGGUCGUCCGACUCCGACCCGUUGGGAUGGGACGUGGGUCCGUCCUCGUGGUCUACUGGGCUAACAAAGGAGCACUUUGACGGUGAAGUCGUUGGGCAGCAGGUGGAACCUGGUUCGGAUCGAGGUAGGACCAGUGGCGGUGGCUCGGGACAGAUUCGGGACGGUGGUUUGAGUCAGAAUCAGGGCGGUGGCUCGAGUCAGAAUGGGACUGGGAACUGGUAUUCGGAGGCUAGGUGGACGGACAUGGAGUUGGCGAAGGUUAAGGAGUUAGAGGCAGAGAACCGCAGGGGAAAGGCUUUUGUGGAUGGCUGGGAUGAUAGAAUGAAAGAAAUGACUGAACUGAUGAAGCAGGUGAGGGAGCCAGGUGCAAGAGGGUCAUAUUUGAAGGAUUCAGAGAAGGCAGAGAUGUAUAAAAAGCACAAGGAAAACCCAGAGUUGUACACUGUGGAGAGGUUGGCAAAAGAAUAUAGGAUUAUGAGGCAGCGGGUGCAUGCAAUUUUGUGGCUGAAGGAGCUUGAGGAGGAGGAGGAGAAGAAGCUUGGCCACCCCUUGGAUGACUCUGUGGAGCUCUUGCUCGAUACCUGCCCAGAAUUUUUCAUUUCACAUGAUAGGGAGUUCCAUGUUGCCUCUCUGCCAUAUAAGCCAGAUUUCAAAGUCAUGCCUGAGGGGUGGGAUGGUACCACUAGAGACCCCGAUGAGGUGCACUAUGAGAUCUCAAUGAAAGAAGAUGAAAUGUUGCAUCAAGAGUUUGUUCAGAGGAUGAACUUCAACAAAAUGAAGAUGGCAAAGAAGGUGAAAUGCCACAAAUAUAGCAGGAGACGUCCAUCCAAAGGAUGGAAUUUCAUGGUGGAGAAACUAGGUCCCAAAGGCAAACGAGGUAAUGGUGGUGGCUGGAAAUUCAUUAGUGUAGCCGAUGGCUCCACCAGGCCUCUGAAUGAAUUUGAGAAGAUGUUUGUCAAGAGAGAGACUCCUCGCCGACGGCGAAAGAUCCUCCCAUGAUAUUCCAUGUGAUCGAUUGGAGGGUAUUCUAUUGGCUUUGAAUUUUGUGGCAUGAGUUUCCAGAAGUUAAGCUUUUUGGCGGACAAAAUUCAAGAUUAUGAAUUUGACAAAUAAUUAGGAUUUUUUUUUUCCUGUUUUUACACCUGUAACAUGUACUUUUGCAUUGAAGCUCGUUAUCAAUCAAUUUGUUUCUAUC